AGUUGGCGCGGGCAAGUCGAGCAUUAUCAUUUUGUUUCUGGAAUGUCAAUUGCUUCCGAUGGACGCCCUCAAGUGCUCCAACACGAUUGUUGAGAUUCGGUGUAGCUACAUCAAGGAGGCGAGAUGUCACUUCAAGCCUCCGUUGUCUGACAGUGGUACAUCGCUUCACACUGAACCGAGAAUCAUCAAGAUGAAUGAUCUGAAGGGCCUACAUGAGUUCAAGGACUGUGUUGCUGAAUGUGACGAGAACGACGACAAUCCUUAUGACCAUAUCGAACUCUACUAUCCCUUUAAAACACUCAGCAAAAACGUCGUGAUAGUUGACACGCCAGGCAUCGAGGGAGGUUCUAACGUAGACCAUCGUUUACAGAAGUACCUCAAGUCCGCCUUCGGAUUUCUCUACGUCAUCAACACUAACACUGCUGGGGGUGUCUCACAAAGCAGGCUUGGCCACCUUUUGAAGACGGUGGUUAACAGCUGUGAAGAGUUCAGCCCAGAGAGUUCGCUCUUCAUCGGCAACAAGUGGGAGAAUGUACCCGACUGUGACAAGGCGGACGUGCAGAAAGACGUCUUUGAUAAACUCUCCAGGGUCUACCCCGGAAUUAGGGGUCACCAGAUUCACUACAUGUCCGUUACCAAGACCCAUUCCCAAGAUCACGUGACACUCCUACAGAAGAUUGGCGAGUUGAUUCAAAACUCUUUCCGCCAGGGCUUGACAAACCAAUACUGGUGGCUGUCGGCGUUCUUAUCUCGUACCUCCUACGUCCUACGUGUAACCGGCGUGCAUCACGAAAUGUCAGCGGAAGAGGUGAAACGGAAGUACAAGGAGAUGCAGAGUCACGUAUCAGACCUCCAACGUAACACUGACGAGUGUGUGAAGAAGCUCAGGGAUAAGAUCGAAUAUGAAAUCUUCAGAAUCACAAAAGCCGUACAAGAUGUCCUCAAUAACAGAAACCUCCAAAACAGGAACGUGUCACAAGCCUAUAUGAGCCGCGUUGUUGGAAAACGACUCUGUGACUGGGAGGACGAGGGAGAUUGUCCGAAGGUGGACCGGAAGUGGAAGCGAACUGUGGACGAGGCUGCGAUGAAAAUCUCCACUCGCAUCGCCGAUGCAAUCGACGGAUGGCAAAGGGAAAACAGAAUUUUACAAGGCAUAGACGUCGAGAUCGUUAAUCAAUUCGCAAAAGAGUUCGGUCUUCUUAAUCAUCAAGUAGAGGACAUUGAAAAGUUCCUAACACACAGCAAAGGUCAGACGAGAAUGAUGCAGACGGUGAAAGUGAUGCCUGUACGAGGAAUAUUCGGCAAGAAGACCGGAAAGGUAGAGAGGACUUACAGCACGCUAGGCGGCGCUGUCAGCUGUAUCGGUAUGUUGGACACCAACAACAAGGAGGUCCGGAAACUCUUCAGUGAUGUCCUUGGGCUUGGCAACGAAGCUAUACACCGAAUUAGAAUAAUGAAAACAUAUACCGAUAAGGCGUCCCCUACAACCAAGGCUGCGACCAUGGCCAAAGCCAGUACGAUUUACUUGCGGAGCAUCCUGGAUCACAAGGACAUGCCGACAAAACUGAGAAAGUUCUUUGAAAGAUUCUUCAAAGAUAUAGACGAAGCCGCCAAGAGAAUACCAAUCUUUCUGCAAGCCGACCAGCAGUUGAACGAAACGCUGAGAGAUGACAUGACCCAGAUAGAAGAGAUCAAUGAGAAACUGCCCAGCCUCGUCACUGACUGCGCCGAUCUACAUGGUUCCCUUGACAUCUUCUACGUGAACAAGAUCAUGAAGUUCGACUUUGACUUGGAAGAGUUGGACUGGGUUGCCAGCAGCCCUGUAAAAGGCGACAACGUUACUGAAAUUCUGAUGGAGGACAGGACCAUGCGGGAAUUGCGUCACCCGAACAUCAUCCAUUACUUUGGCGCGACGUCCGUGAAAAAGACAUCGGGCUUAGUUUGGAUCAUGGUCAUGGAGUUGUGUAACGCCUCGCUGAAAAGCUUGUUCAUUGACGACAUUAACAAGCACAACCACGUGCCUGGCAUGAUGCCCCCUGAGCACCCGAGGCGGCAGGCGGCGGUGAAGAGGACGCUGACCCAUUGCCUCGACAUCGUAAAUGGCCUUGAGUAUAUACACGAGAAGGGCUACACGCACAGACAUAUAAAGCCGGAAACCGUGCUGUUCCUGUUUGGACAAGAUGGGGGCCAGUUUGCCCCAGACUCAGUUGACGACACAGACUAA